AUGACAGCCGACUCGCUCGACCAGAGCGCUGCCCGCGGGACAUCCCACACACUUAGCGGCGGCUCAUCCAACAACACGAUAUUGGACAGCCCCCCAUUUCACCCAGAAAAGGAGUCCCGCUCUCACCCCUCGCGGCCCUCCUCCCGUCACUCUCACCUCACCACCACCUCUUCAGAUUCCUCCAACGGCGACCCCCUAUCCCCCCUCGAACACGCCCUCGGCCGAACCACAUCCAUCCCCCAAACCGACGCCAUCUACCAACAAGAUGCCGACAACAACAACAACCACCUCACCCACACCCGCACCGGCCGCACCUCCAUCACCUCUGCCGCCUCCCGCCCCCCAGACUACGAAGUCACCAUCUCCACGGACGACCCCGAGCACCCCAUGAACUGGCCCUUUUGGUACAGGACCUACACCAUUAUCACGGUCUCCUACUCCACCUGGGUUGUAGUACUCUACUCAACCUCCUACACAGCCACCCUCCCAAAAAUAAUGGACGAAUUCGACGUCACCUCUAAACCCAUCGCCACCCUGGGCCUGACAACCUACCUCCUAGGCCUAGCAGCCGGCUCGGUGAUCGUAGCCCCCAUGUCGGAGCUCUACGGCCGCAGACCAGUCUACCUCGUCUGCCUCGCCGCGUUUAUUGUUCUCAUCAUCCCCUGUGGAUUAGCCGACUCGUUGUCAGAGAUGGUGAUAGUCCGUUUCUUCGGCGCCCUCUUCGGCUCAGCCAUGAUCUCCAACUCACCCGGAACAGUAGUCGACAUCUCCUCAGACAAGUACCUCGCCCUCUGCAUGUCACUAUGGUCCAUCGCCCCGCUCAACGGUCCGGUCACCGGUCCCCUGAUCGGCGGCUUCGUCAACGACUACCUCGGCUGGCGGUGGGGAAACUGGUUGGCCAUCAUCCUCUCCGGCAUCGCUUUUGUCCUCACCUUUUUCGUCCGAGAAUCCUACCUGCCCACGCUGAUAAAGCAGAAAGCCGCGCGGAGGAGGAAGGAGACGGGGGAUGAGAACUGGUGGUGUAAAUACGACCAGCGGUCUGUUUCAACAUGGGGGUUGUUGAAGCUGAAUCUGUCCCGGCCGUUUGUGCUCGCGGUGACGGAGCCGAUUUUGUGGUGUUUUAAUAUCUGGAUAUCCGUGAUCUACGGCAUCCUCUACCUCUGCUUCAUCGCCUACCCCAUCAUCUUCACCCAGCACCGCGGCUGGUCACCCUCCCUCACCGGCCUCUCCUUCCUCGGCAUCGGCCUCGGCACCCUCCUCUCCAUCUUCCUGGAACCUUUGUGGCGGAAAAUGAUAAACUCCUCCCCUAAACGCGACCCCCUCAACCCGUCCCGCCCGGCACCAGAAGCCACAGCGUUGAUCAUGUGCGUCGGUGCCGUCCUCACCCCCAUCGGCCAGCUCGUCUUCAGCUGGACCAGUCUCCCAGCCUCAAUCCACCCUUCCAUCUCCCUCCUGUUCGGCUCCGUCCCCUUCGGCAUGGGCAACACGCUUUCGUUCAUCUACGGGAGCAACUACCUCGCGGGAGCGUACGGGAUAUACGCCGCUUCCGCGCUGGCAGGGAACGCGGUGAUGAGGUCAGUGUUUGGGGCUGCGCUGCCGCUGGCGGGGCCGGCGAUGUACAAAGCCAUGAGUCCGCAGUGGGCGGGGACGUUUCUGGGGGGGUUGGAGGUGAUGCUGGUGCCGAUUCCGUUCUUGUUUUAUAAGUGGGGGGAGAGGAUUAGGGGGAAGUCGAGGGUGAUCAGGCUGAUGAGGGAGGAGAGGGACAGAGAGGAGAAAACGGCCGAGAGGAGGCGGAAGAGGGCGGCGAGGAGGGCGGCGAGGGGUGGGAGGGAUGUUGCAGAGGAGGAGGGGGAGGAGGAAAAGACAGAAGUGGAGGAGGGGAAAGGACGGGGAAGGGAGAUGGGGGUUUAG